CGCGUAGUGGGAGGAGGAGCAAGCAACGUUGAUAUUCAAUUAUUACCACGAUUGGAACUGGGGAGAUAUAGUCACGACGAGGGGUAUUUGAGUUGGGAUUGACUUGGAUUUUUUUUUACACUCCUGUCUGCGACUGAAUUACACACAAACAACCACCAACUCGACACCCACCACCCACCACCCACCAUGCCACCCCCCGCCGAAACAGACGACCUCGACGCCCUCUUCAACGACUACACCUCCGUCUUCGACCGACCCCUCUCCCCUCCCCCCCAGCUCCCCUCCUCCCCCCCCCGCACCACCAACAACGCCCUCGGCCUCGACGCCCCCCUCACCCUCCCCACCCACGCCCCUCGCCCCAAGCUCGACGAAUCCCGCAUCCUCUCCUCGCGCGGGAUCCCCAAGCUGCGCGAGCGCGCCCGCACCCUGCGCUUGAAGGGGAGGGGCCACGAGUAUGGCGAUGCGGAUAGGUUGUUGGGGUUGUAUCAGACGUGGUUGGAUGAGUUGUAUCCGAAGGCGAAGUUUGGGGAUGCGUUGAGGAUGGUGGAGAGCGCGGGGCAUAAGAGGGAUGUGGCGGUUGCGAGGAGGGGGUGGAUUGAGGAGGGGAGGCCGGGACGGGAGGGGGAGGGAGAGGGGGAUGGGGAGGUGAGACCGCAGGCGCAGGAGCAGCGGCAGGGGACGGAGAGGAUAGCGCCUAUUUUCACGGAUCUUGCGUCUCGUGCCGCGGAGCGGAGGGAGACGCCUGGCGCUGAUGUCCCUGAUGACGACCCAGAUGCAAUAGCAGAGCUGUAUGGCGCGUCGCCGCGGCGUGGAGCUGCUGCCGCCAAACCCGCCACACAAGGACAGACGAGUAUUUUCGGGCCCGGAGCUGCGGUUGUGCCACUCCCUGGCGCGGCAGGGGAAGAGGAGGAGGAUGAGGAUGAUCUCGCUGCGCUGCUGGCGGAGGGGGGGAUGGAUGUCGAUACUGUUACUGCCACCGCGGCCCCAACGAACAAAACGAAGGCGCCAGAGGAGGAUGAGUUUGACGACGAUAUGGAUGCUAUGGCAGAGAUGGGGUGGUGAAGAACCUUACGAUAUCGUACACAACAUUUGCACGGCACCGCUCCGCUCCGCAUCACAUACUCACGCACACGCACACGAUGCGGACGACGAAGAAACGAACCCCUCAACCCAGCGCUCCACCCACCCCGCAGUCCCACAGAUCGACCAUCUCCAACCCGCCAUCACAGAUCCACACCCCCCCUUAGAAACGCACAAGCACGCCCACCCAUCCCUUCCAGGCGCCAGCCCUACGGAUAGAGCAAGCAAGAGCCCACAUGUGUGCAGCGGGAGGAAGGAGCGAUGGGAAAGAGCGACGGAAAGAGCUACCCAGGGAAAGAGCGAUGGACAUACGAUGUAGGGAAACCAGCGACCGAAACACUGAAUCGUUAGCCCGGGAAAGCUCUUAGGGAAGGAGCGAGGGAAGAAGCUGUAUACGACGGAAGGGACAAUUGAUGUAGGAGGGAGAGAUGGAAAGAACGAGGAAAGGAAGGCACGAGGAAGGGAAGGAACGAGGGAGGGAAGGAACAAAAGAGCGAGGGAGGGAAGUAACGAGGGAAGGAAAGAACGAGAGAAGGAAGGAAUGACUUACGUCAAAAGCCCGAGGGGAAGGAAGGAGCGAGGGAGGGAGAUGGAAGUGGAGCGCUGGGGUGGGGUGGGGUGUACUUUUCGCUCAGGCACUGUGGUGUACUGUACUGUACUGUGCUUCUGGCUUAUGGUUCAGCUGGUGAACCGCUCAUAUAUGUUAGGUUGGCUGGGCAGCUAUAGUAGUAGAUUGUCGAAGGCGGAUAUCAGAUCCCAGUCUCUCCUCACGGUUUCAUCUCACAUAAGUCUGGGGUUAUCACAAGUUACGUGGUGUAGUGUAGUGUACUGUAGUCAUUUGAUUGUGAUUGCGAUAGCGAUUGAUUGAU